AAGGUGCUUCUGAAUAGCUAGCUAACGCGUUAGGUUGCUACAGUAGCUAGCUAGCUAAAAGGAUUCAAAAGAACAACUGGUAGCUAGCUGGCUAGCCAGAAAGCCGGGGGAAUCGCAGCUCCGAGGCCCGAGAGGGAGACUUCCAGGACCGCGGCUUGAUGUACCCUGCCUGCCUCGCCCCAGCAGCCCACAAUGGGGGAGACCAAAGUCAUAUAUCACCUCGACGACCAGGAAACACCCUACCUGGUCAAAUUGGCAGUGCCCGCGGACAGGGUCACACUUGCGGACUUCAAAAAUGUUCUUAAGAAACCUAACUGCAAGUUCUUCUUCAAAUCUAUGGAUGACGAUUUUGGGUGAGCAUUAAUAUUAGCUAGAGACUAAACAGUCUGGUAGGGUAGCUAACGUUAGCUAUUCUUUCACAGAUGAAAUGUUAAUUUGUCAAAACGGUUUGGCUAACCAACGUCUUCAUGUUAAUCACGGCUUGAAUUUGUUAUUCCUUUGUUUAACGCUCGGUAAAGUAUUUUGUUUUACACAGCUAACGUUAGCUAGCUAGCUAAUGUUAAACUUAUACACCAAACUAGGCAUCAGCGUCCAUUUUCCUAUUGAACAAGAUUCAAGUAUGGAUAGUUGAGAUGGUUAACUAGAUAGCCUACCUAUCGGUUGUAUAAUAGACAGAGAAGUGGCUUAUAUUAGGGAGAAGGCCAACAGACCACAUUAAUGGUCUCCUCUCUCCUGCUGCUGUUGUCAAAAAGGAAUGCAGUAGACUGGUUGGUUGGACACAACGGUCGGUCACUUACUCGAGAAUGCCCUGUUGUUCACUGGCAAGUUUACAAGCCAGUCCUUUGCGUGUGAAACAUGUCUUGAAUGGCAAAGGAACUUGUUCUCAAAAUGUGUCCAUGUCCCAUUCGUCACUGAAAAUGGCCUUAAACUUAACAGGAAGGCGCUUUGGAUAGAUCUUGUGUUCUUUCAGAUAGUUUGGAUGUUUGAAAAACACUGUACAGUGAGGGAAAAAAGUAUUUGAUCCCCUGCUGAUUUUGUACGUUUGCCCACUGACAAAGAAAUUAUCAGUCUAUAAUUUUAAUGGUAGGUUUAUUUGAACAGUGAGAGACAGAAUAUUUAGAUUAUAAAAUUUGACAUGCGUUUUUAUGGAUUUUGUUGUUGUUAUUCUGUGUCACUGUUCAAAAAAACCUACCAUUAAAAUUAUAGACUGAUCAUGUCUUUGUCAGUUGGCAAACGUACAAAAUCAGCAGGGGAUCAAAUACUUUGCCCCCUCACUGUAUGUCAGUCAUGUCAGAAAUAUGUUGACUACUUUUGUUGAGUAAAAUGUAAAAAAGUGAAACACCUCAAUGGCCUGUUAUAGAGAAUGGCUUAGGCCUAACUGUCUAUCCGGACAGUGGGUAACUCCAAAAGGGCUUUUCCAGAUUGAGCUCCUGGUAGGAUACACUUGUCAGGACAGGGAUUGAGUGGUUAUGUAUUUGAUUUCAAACUGGUCUGCAAUGGGACUGAAUGCACCACUGUGAGAUACAGUGCAUUCGGAAAGUAUUCAGACCCCUUCACUUUUUCCACAUUUUGUUACGUUACUGCCGUAUUCUAAAAUUGAUAAAAGUAAUAAAAAAUGUCCUCAUCAAUAUACACACAAUACCUCAUACUGAUAAAUCGAAAACAGGUUUUUAGAAAUGUUUUUCAACAAAAAACAAAACAGAUACCUUAUUUACAUAAGUAUUCAGACUCUUUGCUAUGAGACUUGAAAUUGAGCUCAGGUGCAUACUGUUUCUAUUGAUCAUCCAUGAGAUGUUUCUACAACUUGAUUGGAGUUCACCUGUGGUAAUUUUUAUUGAUUGGACAUGAUUUGGAAAGGCACAUACCUGUCUAUAUAAGGUCCCACAGUGCAUGUCAGAGCAAAAACCAAGCCAUGAGGUCGAAGGAAUUGUCCGUAGAGCUCCGAGACAGGAUUGUGUCAAGGCACAGAUCUGGGGAAGGGUACCAAAACAUUUCUGCAACAUUGAAAGGUCCCCAAGAACACAGUGGCCUCCAUCAUUCUUAAAUGGAAGAAGUUUGGAACCACCAAGACUCUUCCUAGAGCUGGCCGCCAGGCCAAACUGAGCAAUCGGGGGAGAAGGGCCUUGGUCAGGGAGGUGACCAAGAACCCGAUGGUCACUGACAGAGCUCCAGAGUUCCUCUAUGGAGAUGGGAGAACCUUCCAGAAGGACAACCAUCUCUGCAGCACUCCACCAAUCAGGCCUUUAUGGUAGAGUGGCCAGACGGAAGCCACUCCUCAGUAAAAGACAAAUGACAGCCCGCUUGGAGUUUACCAAAAGGACUCUCAGACCAUGAGAAACAAGAUUCUCUGGUCUGAUGAAACCAAGAUUGAACUCUUUGGCCUGAAUGCCAAGCGUCAUGUCUGGAGGAAACCAGGCACCGCUCAUCACCUGGUCAAUACCAUCCCUACGGUGAAGCAUGGUGGUGGCAGCAUCAUGCUGUGGUGAUGUUUUUCAGUGGCAGGGACUGGGAGACUAGUCAGGAUCGAGGGAAAGAUGAACGGAGCAAAGUACAGAGAGAUCCUUGAUGAAAACCUUAUCCAGAGCGCUCAGGUUCACCUUCCAACAGGACAACGACCCUAAGCACAUAGCCAAGACAACGCAGGAGUGGCUUUGGGACAAGUCUCUGAAUGUCCUUGAGUGGCCCAGCCAGAGCCCAGACUUGAACCCGAUCGAACAUCUCUGGAGAGACCUACAAAUAGCUGUGCAGCGACGCUCCCCAUCCAACCUGACAGAGCUUGAGAGGAUCUGCAGAGAAGAACGGGAGAAACUCCCCAAAUACAGGUGUGCCAUGCUUGUAGCGUCAUACCCAAGAAGACUUGAGGCUGUAAUCGCUGCCAAAGGUGCUUCAACAAAGUACUGAGUAAAGGGUCUGAAUACUUAUGUAAAAGUGAUAUUUCAGUUUUUAAUUUUUAAUACAUUUGCAAACAUUUCUAAACCUGUUUUUGCUUUGUCAUUAUGGGGUAUUUUGUAGAUUGAGGAGGGGGGGGAAACUUUUAAAUCAAUUUUAGAAUAAGGCUGUAACGUAACAAUGUGGAAAAUGUCAAGGGGUCUGAAUACUUUCCGAAUGCACUGUGUAUGUAUAGAGCCAUGUUCGGCCUGCUGAAUCACAUGCUCUAUUGACACCAGGCUAAAUAGGAAUUUGGCACUGCAUGUUUGUUUCACACACACACGACACACACGUUAUUGAAAAUAUAAGCUUAGUAAUUGAACUAGCUAGCGCAGUAAUUUAACAAGAUUGAGAGUGCAAAAGCUGAGAGUUAGAUCUAGGCCAAUAUGUUUUUACCAUCAACCGAAUUAUUACAAUGUCCAUGUCUUUGUGGGAUAUGGCCAAAGCAGAGAUUUUUAGACUGUUUUACUAUUGUUGGGACCGGGAGUGUUUCACCCUAGUGUCGGUGCACUCUUUACCAGCAUUUGUGUACACAUGUUGAUUAAAUGUUGUUCUCUCUUUUCCUCACAGGGUGGUGAAAGAAGAGAUAUCUGAUGACAAUGCCAAACUCCCUUGUUUUAAUGGUCGUGUGGUAUCUUGGGUAAGCACACACACUUCAUCUUUGUCUUAAGUGUUUGUCAAUGACACCCAUCUGUUGUGGCUGCUAUUGACCCCGAACAUCACUCUGUCUCUGGGGAGGUGCCUCACCCAUCUGUCUGAUACUAUCAUUAUUACUAGGGCCGGGACCAUACCAGUAUUGCGAUACUCAUUAGUAUUGUGGCAAGGAAGCGGAACACGAAGUGGAUUGAACUUCUUUAGGAAAACAGCCCUAAUGUUGGAAACAAACAUCAUUAUGUUGUCAUCCAGAGUCACAUCUAAUUAUUUUCCAAGCUAUAGCACACUAUUUUAUACUGAACAAAAAUAUAAGCGCAACAUCUAAAGUGUUGGUCCCAUGUUUGAUGAGGUGAAAUAAAAGAUCCCAGAAAUUUCCCAUACACACAAAAAGCUUAUUUCUCUCAAAUGUUGUGCACAAAUGUGUUUACAUCCCUGUUAGUGAGCAUUUCUCCUUUGCCAAGAUAAUCCAUCCUCUUGACAAGUGUGGCAUAUCAAGAAGCUGAUUAAACAGUAUGUUCAUUACACAGGGGCAUCUUGUGCUGGGGACAAUAAAAGGCCACUCUAAAAGGUGCAGUUUUGUCACACAAUACAAUGCCAUUGGCAUGCUGACUGCAGGAAUAUCCACCAGAGCUGUUGCCAGAGAAUUGAAUGUUCAUUCGUCUACCAUAAGCCGCCUCUAACGUCGUUUUAGAGAAUUUGGCAGUACGUCCAAUCGGCCUCACAACCGCAGACCACAUGUAACCACGCCAGCCAAGGACCUCCACACCAGGUUUCUUCACCUGCGGGAUCAUCUGAGACCAGCCACCCGGACAGCUGAUGAAACAGAGGAGUAUUUCUGUCUGUAAUAAUGGUGGGGGAAAAACUAAUUCUGAUUGGCUGGGCCUGGCUCUCCAGUGUGUGUGCCUGGCUCCCAAGUGGUGGGCCUAUGCCUUCCCAGUCGUGAAAUCCAUAUAUUAGGGCCUAAUGAAUUUAUUUCAAUUGAAGGAUUUCCUUAUAUGAGCUGUAACUCAGUAAAAUUGUUGAAUGUUGCGUUUUUAUAUUUUUGUUAAGUAUACAUAGAGCAGGGUUUUAAAGGACCAAAGAGUUAGAUCUGCUUUGUGUUUUCAUUUUUGCCAUUGAAAAAAUAUCGCAAUACUGUUAUCGUCCCGGCCCUAAUUACACGCACACUGGCUCUCAUGCUCUUUAUUUCUCAUAAAUCGUUUUAGCUGUCUUACAAAUACACACUACUUGUUUGUUUCCAAAACUCAUAUAUUCUCAGUACACACACAGACCAAUGAUCCCCUCUCUCCAUGACUGAGACACCACCUUGCUUGUCCUCUUGUUCUCCAUUGAGUUCUGAUUAAGAGAAACUGAAAUCACAGGAUCAUAGACAUCACUCUCAAAUAAAGAACUUCACUGCACCUAAUGAGAAGAUUGAAUCACAGAGAGGGGCCAAAGAAAGACGGUGAGGAGUGAAAGGAUGGUUUGUUUAAGAAGGAAAUGGUGUGUGUACAGAGAAAUGAGUUUUGGAGACAUAAACAACUGCAGGGUUCCCCAAGUUUUCUCAGCCCAAAAAAAACACUAUAAAUUUUUUUAUUUGUUAUUAUUUAUUCUCAUUGUUAGACAUAAGACUGUACAAACACCAGGAAAUCAGCUCCAAGUGAUUUGAAUUUAAGAAAUCUGUUCCCAAGUAUUCCCACGUGAUUAUAUACAAAUGUAAAGGUUUGAAAUUAUUAUGUUUUAGUCAAACAUUUCUGUUUGGGCUUCUUGCAGUCAAUUUGCAGUCUACAAAUUAUUUGUAAUUAUGUUACGGCCCACCGACCAUCCGCUCAAAAGGUUGACAAGAAGAAGAAAAAAGUGAGAGAGACUGAGUGUGGAGGGAGAGGGGGUAGGCCUAUCUUGUUACUAUAACUAGGAACAUCUCUGGGCCCUAGUUAUUGGCUUUAUUCCAUACAGUACAUGGUCAGGAAAGUCAUGAUAGUCAUCUCUGGUUAUGUCUAUGUAUAUUUAUCUGUCUGUAUGUGUCAUUGGCUUUGUCUGUGUCUGUCUCUCUGUCUGAUCAGGCUAAAGUUAUUAAGUUCUAGUGAAAUGUGUUUAGUAUCCGGGGUGUCUGUGUCUGUCUCCUCUCCGCUUGGUCUUUGGGGCUACAGGCCUGGUUUGCUGUAAAACACAUUUGUAAAAAUAGCUGUAUAGUGCAUGCAAAAACAAUUUGAGGGUGCAUGAUUGUUGGGGUCUCAAAGUUGGUCUGUCUAUCUCUCUGUCCUCAGCUGGUGUCAGGGGAUGGUACUCACUCAGACGGUGGCUCGGUGGUUGAGAGUUUGUCGGAGCUGCCGCCACCCCCCCUGGAGAGGACUGGGGGCAUCGGGGACUCCAGACCACCCUCCUACCAGUUAGUUCUCUCUCAGUUGUGUGUGUGCCUGUUCAGCUGUGUGCGCAAUGCACAUAUAUUUGACUGUUUCUGUUUUAUUUUUUGGGCUGUGUGUGUGUAAGAGAAGUUGUAUGUGUGCUUGUGAAUACGUGUGUUUCUGUCUCUCCAAGAGUCUGUAUAUGUCUCAGGGUGUGUUUGGAAAUUCACCCUAGAGUAUCAGAGUGCACUCUGGGCCGUUUGGAAAUUCGGAGCGUUCAGAGUGCUAUCAAAAGGGUGUUACUAGCUAGGUUUCCAUACAAUUAGCUACAUAUUUUCAUGCAAAUAUUAUAGAAUCCUCUUAAAGAAAAUAUGCAAAUGUUCCCACCAGUGCUGUAUUUCCACUAAAUGGACGUGUUGCGGAUAAAAUCGAUGCGUGAUGACGUAGUGCACACAAUGGACUUUUUCCUUUUCAUGAACUGAAUAAAAAUCUAAAGUCUUGGCACGUGCACUCUAGCCAACAGUUUGCAGAUACUGUGCGGGUAGGAUAGUCUACAUGAUGAGAUUAUUAUGGAUAAGAGCAAGAAUAUUUUUAUUUGUCAAACGGCAGUCAAGCAUCGAUCAUCAUGUCACCAGAAUAAGACCCUCAAUAUUGAUUGGAAAGGAGCAUCAAGAUCACGUGCACUUUCACCAACCUGCGAAGUUCAUCGUAAUUUAUUUAAUCUGUAGCCUAAUAAACUGCAUGAUUUCCUGAGUCGCAGUGGGAGGACCACACACCAUAUCAUCGCUUGACUCCAAGUUUACUUCGAUAUGGUGGUUAUUCUAUCAAUAUUUGCGCAUAAAGGCAUUUCCACCGCCAUUUCCCGCAUAAUUAAUUUUACAGGCACAAAAACAUCCCACCAUGUCGAAAGAACAAAUUACCUGUCGGCAUGUAACAUUUUUACCAGAACUUCCUGUUUCCAUCACAGCUGUCGUGAUUAUAAAAAAAUUAAAAAACGGUAUGACUUUAAACUGUGGAUGGAAACGUGCUUACUGGCCAUAUAUACAGUACCAGUCAAAAGUUUGGACACACCUACUCAUGCCAGGGUCCUUUAGUAGUGGUUUAUUUGCAGCAAUUCGACCAUGAAGGUCUGAUUCACACAGUCUCCUCUGAACAGUUGAUGUUGAGAUGUCUGUUACUUGAACUCUGUGAAGCAUUUAUUUGGGCUGCAAUUUCUGAGGCUGGUAUCUCUAAUGAACUUAUCCUCUGCAGCAGAGGUAACUCUGGGUCUUCCUUUCCUGUGGCGGUCCUCAUGAGAGCAAGUUUCAUCAUAGCGCUUGAUGGUUUUUGCGACUGCACUUGAAGAAACUUUCAAAGUUCUUGAAAUGUUCCGUAUUGACUGACCUUCAUGUCUUAAAGUAAUGAUGGACUGUCAUUUCUCUUUGCUUAUUUGAGCUGUUCUUGCCAUAAUAUGGACUUGGUCAUUUACCAAAUAGGGCUAUCUUCUGUAUACCCCCCUACCUUGUCACAACACAACUGAUUUGCUCAAAUGCAUUAAGAAGGAAAUAAAUUCCACAAAUUAACUUUUAAGAAGGCACACCUGUUAAUUGAAAUGCAUGACUACCUCAUGAAGCUGGUUGAGAGAAUGCCAAGAGUGUGCAAAGCUGUCAUCAAGGCAAAGGGUGGCUACUUUGAAGAAUCUCAAAUAUGAAAUAUAUUUUGAUUUGUUUAACACUUUUUUUUUGCUUACUACAUGAUUCCAUAUGUGUUAUUUCAUAGUUUUGAUGUCUUCACUAUUAUUCUACAAUGUAGAAAAUAGUAAAGAUAAACCCUUGAAUGAGUAGGUGUUCUAAAACUGUUUACCAGUAGAGUGUGUGUAUAUAUAUAUAUAUAUAUAUAUAAUCAUUAUUAUUAUUUAUUUAUUUAGCCAAUGUUUACUUACACCUGUCAUAACAACCGAUUUUAUGGCGUUCGUAAAUUCCUUAAUUAUUCUGUGCUCUGGCACUCUCAAACCAGCUCUGAAAUCGGUGUAGAUUGACAGGGUGAAAUGUACGAAUGCACCCUUAAAGAAUAAUAUAUCCUUUGUGCUUCUAACAUCUGCCUAAUAACCAUGAAAACAGUGAGCACAACUACUUGCUCAAUGGAAAAAUUAUUACUUUUGUUUCCUCACUCCUUUCCUCCCUCCUUUUCUCUCUCCCGCUCUCAAUUUCUCCCCCCGCCCCCCUCCCUCAUCCUUUUCUCCAUCCGUUUCUCCAUGUCGCACUGCAGUGGGAAGGCCACAGGUGGACGAGACUCGUUGGACAACGAGACUGAGACGGGCUCGAUGGUGUCCCAGAGGAGGGAGAGGGAGCGACCGCGCCGGAAACCCACUCACCAGCCCGGUCAGAGAGCAGUCUGUCCCCUCCACUCCUCUCUGUAGUCACUCACUCAGCAUUUUUCUUUCGCUCCUCUUUGACAUUCUCUCUUAACUAUACUGUCCAGUUCCUAGUGGAAGAUGUGACAAAUGACUGUUUUUGGAUAGGUGUGUAUUCCACCAAGCCUAUCAAGAGGCAAUGGGGAGCUAUUAGCACCAUUUAAACCUAUCCAGCUUUAUACUUAUCCAAACGACAUGAAGUUCCUAGGGACUGGGCCUGUAGCGUGGGCCCUUUCACUGAGUGCCGUGUUGCCCCCUGCAGGUGGGAGGAACGGUUACUCGCGGGUGGGCCGAGGGGCGGAGCUGAGCCAAUACGACAGCUGCUCCUCCUUCAUGAGCAGCGAGCUGGAGUCCACCAGCUGCUUCGACUCUGAGGAUGACGACGCCACCAGCCGGUGAGGCCCUCCUAACCGUCACGCAACGUUUGCCUAACCUCCACUUUCCUGCCUCCUUCCAGUGGGAACAUUUGCCUUAUGUCUACUGUGACCCUUUUGGGCUUUCUCCCCCCAGCUUCAGCAGUUCCACAGAGCAGAGCUCCUCUCGCCUAAUGAGGCGACACCGCCGGCGCCGGCGGAAACCUAAAACGUCCAACAUGGAAAGGGUGAGCUGGGCAGACACACCCACAGUAUUUUGAUAUGUAAAUGACCUUACCCCUCUCGUCACACUUCUUUUUCUCCCGCUCUUCUUUCUUUGUAGUCGUCAUCAUUCAGCAGCAUCACAGACUCCACCAUGUCACUGAACAUCAUCACUGUCACUCUGAACAUGGGUAAGUAUUUCUGUUCAUGUAUUUCUCACUUUUCCUGAUAAAUUGUAAUAAAGCUUUGCAUAGUCCUCUCUGUUUGUAGUUCUCAAUGCAAUGUUGAAAACUGGAAUAUGAACUAAUUAACUACAAAUAUGAAGUAAAAAUCCUACACUCCCUUUUUUCUAUCUGUCUAUCUCCUCUGUAGAGAAGUAUAACUUCCUGGGCAUCAGCAUCGUGGGGCAGAGCAAUGAGAGGGGCGACGGAGGCAUCUACAUCGGCUCCAUCAUGAAAGGAGGGGCGGUGGCCGCAGACGGGCGCAUCGAGCCUGGAGACAUGCUACUGCAGGUGUGUGUGUGGACAUUAGAGCAGGGUGAUCAAGCAGUUGAAAUCAGGGUUGAGUUCAUGAGGGUGGAACUACCUGAAAAUGUCCAAUAAGAAAUGCUUGUUUUUGUUUUCCUGAGCAAAACAAUUUGCUACGGUGAAGCCUAAUGAGUACGAACCAGAUCAGACAGAGAUUCUCCUCACUCCUAACAGGUGAACGACAUCAACUUUGAGAACAUGAACAACGAUGAUGCGGUUCGAGUGCUGAGGGACAUCGUACACAAGCCAGGGUGAGUCUCACACACAUACACACACCUGUGUUAUUUCACACACACAUUUACAAACACACACACAAGUUGCUACCACAUCAGUCUUAUGACAUAGAAAGAAUGUUGUAUUUUAUAUUUCACUUUAUCUUUGGGAUUGUAUUCCAUCUGUAAAAAGUCAGGUGUAAGUUUAGCAGCUUUGCCUUAUAAACGUCUCCCUGUGUGUGGUGUGUGCAUUGCCAGCUCUGUGUUAACUGUGUGUGUGUGUGUGUGUGUGUGUGUGUGUGUAAACUCUGUUUACAGCCCUAUCACUCUGACUGUGGCUAAGUGCUGGGACCCCAACCCCCGGAGCUGCUUUGCUCUGCCGAGAAGUGAGUAUUCACCUGCUGUGUCUUCCUCACACAACACGCCCACUAAAAAUAUGUUCAUGUUUGUGAAUAUUUGUGGUUGUUUUAUGGAUAGAUUUGUGUGAUUUGUGAAGUCUGUGUACGAUGUCCCUCUAACCCAUCUUUUCUCCCACCAGGUGAGCCGAUCCGGCCCAUUGACCCUGCUGCGUGGGUUUCCCACACUGCUGCGAUGACAGGGGUGUACCCUGCCUAUGGCAUGAGUCCCUCCAUGACCACGGUCACCUCCACCAGCUCCUCCAUCAGCAGCUCCAUCCCUGAGACUGAACGUGAGUCACACACCUAUACCUGGGUCCUGUCAAAACUCAUUAAAACACUCUAAAAUAACUCUUGCUUUAUUGCGUCAUGAAGCAAUCUACAGUUGAGGACAGUCUAGUAUGCGAACGAGCUCAUAAUGUGAUGCCUUUUAACAAGUUCUGCUAAUCUGUGAAAGGAACCCACAACUGUCAUACCGUGGAAAACCUGCAUCCUAACAAAAGGUUCCCACUGUCCCAUUCUAAACCUGUAAGCCAUUAUACAUUCCCUGGCUAAACCCAGUAACCCACACCUCCCAUUUGCUCCUCACAGGCUUCGACGAUUUCCACCUGUCCAUCCACAGCGACAUGGCAACCGUUGCCAAGGCCAUGGCUUCCCCGGAGUCGGGCCUGGAGGUCCGAGACAGGAUGUGGCUAAAGAUCACCAUCGCCAACGCCUUCAUAGGUAUGCUCACUCUCUUUUCCUCUUUCUGUCUCUCUCCCUUUAUCUACCUCUUUCUCCAUCUACCCCUCUACCUCUCUCUCACUGUCUAUCUUCCUGUCCUCCGGUCUUUCACUUUCUCCUUUUUGUCUAAAUGUCUUUCUAUAUUCCCCUUUUUAUAAGCCUUGUCUCUUUUGCAGGUUAAUUGCCAUUGAAUGUGUAUGUUUGUGUCUAGACUCGUGUUGUGUGUCUGUCUCCCCAGGCUCAGACGUGGUGGACUGGCUCUUCCAUCACGUGGAGGGCUUCUCAGACCGCAGGGAAGCCAGGAAGUAUGCCAGUAACCUGCUCAAAGCCGGCUACAUCCGCCACACCGUCAACAAGAUCACCUUCUCCGAGCAGUGCUACUACAUCUUCGGAGACCUCUGUGGCAGUGAGUGCUUUCACUAUAUUGUCAUUAUAUUUCCUAGUUUGAAAACAACCCCUAGUCCCUAGCCCAAAACUGCAACAUGAAUGUUCUUGACAACUCUUUCUCUCUCUCAGACAUGACGCACCUAUCUCUGCAAGACCACGACGGCUCCAGCGGAGGGGCGUCAGACCAGGACACCCUGCCCCCUCUGCCACACCCUGGGGCAGCCCUCUGGCCCAUGGCACUACCCUACCAGUUCCCCAUCGCCCACCCCUACAACCCCCAGCCCCAACACGACCUGCCCCAGGGCUUCCCGGGAGUAGGGGCGGGCAGCGCCGGCAGCCAGCACAGCGACGGUGAGGAAAUCUGGGACUCACCAGCAGAAUUCAAUCAAACCCAGACACUGAGAGAGAGAGGGAACUAGUUUCAGUUAACCAACACUACAGCCUAGGACAAUGCAACACUUUGAGUUAACUCGAAUUGUAAAAAAUAAUCAUAAUACUAUUGUAACAAUAUUUUCUGUUGAUUUAAAAGCUAUUGAGCUAUUUAUCUGCUGCAUUUGAACUUAUUGGCCAGUCAAUAUCAAUGGGUAUGUGUUGGCCCAGGCAUGAAUCAGCACUACCAUGCCUGACUUGAAAAUAAAUGAUAUAGAAAAACUUGAAAAGGAGAUUUUAAGAUUAUACAGGAGUGUUGCCCUAAUGGAUAUAUUGAAAUUAAUUUAUCUAGAAGUCGCACACAGCAAAGCCAGAACGUACACACAGUCAAUCAUAUAAAACAUUUGCAGUCAUGUAUGAAGGACAAAUAGUUGGAUAUUAACUCACUUUCUGUUUGUUUUCCUCCCCUGUCUCCAGGCAGCAGCGGCUCCAACUGCAGUAAGACCGAGGGCAGAGGCGGUGCCGGGGGCUCCAACAAGUCGGGCGGUAGUGGCAGCGAAUCAGAGAUCAGGAGCCAUCGGGCCCCCAGCGAGCGCUCUGUGGCCCCUAGCGAGCGCAGUGUCCGCAGUUCCUACAGCCAUCGAAGCGCCCACUCACUGUCCUACGGCCCCGGCAUGGUCUACGCCCCCCCAGGCCUGCCCCCUCAGCCCCUCCACCUGGCCACAGCUGCCCCCGGAGCCCCCCCAGGCCGAGAGCUGGCCAACGCUCCCCCAGAGCUCACCGGCUCCCGCCAGUCCCUGCGCAUGGCCGUUGGCAACCCUGGCGAGUUCUUUGUCGAUGUCAUGUGACUCAGGUCAUGUCAUAGGCACACCACAAAAUGGUGGAUAGUCAUUUUUUUGUUGAGUGCUGAGAGGGACAGGAGGAGGAAGUCUCUAGAAAAGCAUUGUUGGGGUCAAUUCCUUUUCCUUUUGAAUUGGCAGCAUUAAAAUGGAAUUGAGCCCAACCCUGC